GGCGCACGGAGCCCAGCCGGACCGAGGCGGGGCGAGGCGAGCGGAGCUCCGGGCCGCGGCGAGUCCGAGGCGGCCGGGGAAGGCGAGGGGUCGGCGGCGGAAUCCCUGCGCGGCGCUCCGCUUCUCCUCUCCGCGCCUUGCGCCCCUCUCCAAAGACGCGCGGCCCGUCCGAAAACCCCCUCCUUCCCCAGGGGCAGGGGGAUUGUUUUCUCCCUUCCGAGUCUCCCUCCCCGUUGGCUCGAGACCCGCUGCUCCUUGCAAGGCACUCUGCACGCGCUCAGGGGCGCUCUGGAGCCGGGCGAAGGAAGGUGCGCGCCGAGGAGACGGCGCUGAGCCGGGCACCUCGCUCAACCCUCCCCAGGCAGGACCAGCGGGACAGCCGCACCCCCGGGAGGCAUGCGGAUGUGAAGUGGUAAGAAUUGUCGAGUUGGACGGGACCCCGGGGGUCAUCCAGCCCAACCCACUCCGAUCGCCGCUCAGGCAUCCUUGGCAGAGAAGCCCCGCAAGGUCUGCUCCGAGUUCCCCUUCCGGAGCCAGAGAACAGAGGCGCUCGGGCGGCUGCAGCGCCAUCCCCGCCGGCAGGGGCAGAGGGGCUCGUACUUGGGGCGGGGUGGGGGGCAGGAGCCCGGCCAGCGCUGCAGGGCCACGCGGAAAGUGGGUCCCCGAUGCUCCGGUGGCUCCGCGGAGGUGGCCGGCCGCUCUCCGCCAGGGCGCGCCUUGCGUAAAAGCAGGCGAGCGCGGCUCCUUCCAGCCAGGGAACAAGCCCGAGGCUGCUUUUGCAUGGGGGGGAAGACGGCCCCACUUGAGGGACCUCAAAUACCCUCCUCUCCCCAGGACCCCCAGACUGACGUCACUGACCCAGAGCCACCUCUUGGGUGCACCCAGUUUCCCUAGAGCUGCUUGGAGGGGGGAGCUUACGGGGGAUUGGGGGGGGGACGCGGUGCAGAGGCUCCUCGAAGAAUGUUUGAGCGGCCCAGAGAGAGGGAAAGGAAGGCCCAGCCGUCUGGAGACGGGCACGGUGGGGACAGGGGGCUGGCUCCGUGUCACUGCAACAGCUUGCCCCCUCCUGCUCCCCCACUGUUUUUGCAGAGAGGGAGCUCAGAGCUCAAGCCCCCCCCCGCCCCCCAGAGGAGCCCUACCUGCGGAUCUCAGGUGUGUGCUGGGGUGGAGGAGGUGGGGCUGGCUGUGCUUACCUGGCAGUGCAAAUUGGUUGUACUUAAUGGGGUACGGGGUGCUGGCCGGGCAUGCGCUAUCUGGGGACCAUAGAACUGCAGCUGGAAGGGAACCCCAAGAGUCAUCUAGUCCAACCCCAUGCAGUGCAAGAAGCACAGCUAAAGGAUCCUGGACAGGUGGCCACCUCACCUUUGCUUAAAAACCUCCAGGGAGAGCCCACCACCUUCUGAGGGAGAGACUGCUCUCACCACCAGAAGAUUCUUGCGGCAGAAUCUCCUUUCUUGUAAUUUGAAGAACUGAAGGACGGUCUCAGAGCAAAGCAUCCACAGGAACUAUCCUACUUAAAAAUAGCAGAGGUCACCUUUGGGACCUGAGAUGGGCUUAUGCGUUACUGAUACGAAGCGUGUAGACAUUGGAGAGAGGAGGAGGAGGAGGAGAACGGCUCUGUUCCUCUGGAAUCGAUAAACAGGGGAAAGGUCUCUAGGAUGUCCUGAUAGCUUCAGGAGCUUCAUUUAGGGGAGGGAAAAUACGGGUUAUCUGAAGGCCUUUGUAGCACACAUUCCACCAGCAAAUCCACAGCAAACCCCCUUCUUAGAAUGACAGGCGGCAGUCAAAACUGCAAGGCGCACUGUACUCGAUUUGAAAGCUGCAGUCCUUGCAGAAUGCUGCAGCGCGAUUGCUGACAAGAGCAAGACCUUGUCAGCGUAGAAUAAUGGACUUGUAGAGUUGGAAGGGACCAGGCUUCCUCAACCUCAGCCCUCCAGAUGUUUUGAGACUACAAUUCCCAUCAUCCCUGACCACUGGUCCUGCUAGCUAGGGAUCAUGGGAGUUGUAGGCCAAAAACAUCUGGAGGGCCGAGGCUGAGGAAGCCUGAUCUAGGCCAACCCUCAGAGCAGGAAUCUUUUGCCCAACGUGGGGAUUGAACUCACGAGAGUCAGAGUCUCAAGCUCUACUGACUGAGCACAGGCACUCAGAAAUCUGCAGCGGUUGCCAAUUUCUCUCCGGGCCAAGUUCAAGCUGUUAGUACAGAAAGCCCUCAACUGCUUACGGGAUCACCUUGCGCCAGCUGUGCCCACUUGACUGCUCCGAUUGGCAGAAUUGGCACUACUGCAGGGGCCAAAGGAGACUCGUUCCUUUGGAACUCCCUGCCUAUUGAUAUCAAGCAGGAUCUUUCACUGUACAGUGGUACCUCGGUUUAAGAACAGUCCAGUUUAAGAAUGAUUCGGUUUACAAACUCCGCAAAACCAGAAAUAGUGUCCCGGUUUGAGAACUUUACCUUGGUCUAAGAACAGAAAUCUAACGGUGGAAGGGCACCGGCGGCGGGAGGCCUCAUUAGGGAACGUGUGCCUUGGUUGGAGAACGGUUUUGGUUUAAGAACGAACUUCCGGAAUGGAUUAAGUUUGUAAACCCAGGUAUCACCGUAUUCUUUUCGGUACCUGCUAAAAACAUUCCUGUUUUGGCAAGCCUGACCCAGAAACUUAAAUGGCGAUACCAGUUUUAAGCUGUGUAAGUAGUUUAAUCAUGUGCUUUUCUCCUCGUUACCUUUUUGCGUCCUGCUUAGAGGUACUUACACAAUCCAGUGAGGUAUAAAUCACAUGAAAGGAAAAGAAAUGGAAUGUGUCAAAGGGUGCCAACUGAUGCCAGGCCUGGGUGAUCCAGGGCUCGUCUGUGGCCAGUAGCUCCCCCCCUCCCCAUUCUCGCUUCCUUUCCCCCCUGAGCAGGGCUUUGGCUCGGAGAGGCAUCAGCUCCUGGCACCUCCAGGUCUGGCCUGACUCUGGAGAGGGAGGGGCACAGUGCCAGGGGGUCUCCAUAGCGACUGGGAGAUUGCUCUGUGACCCAGACUCCGUGUGCCUUGAUCCAGUCUGCAUCGCUCUUGCCAGCCCGGGGAGCGGCGGCUGCUGCUUGGUGUACGAAGUGCUCUGUUGUGAUGGAUUGCCCUUGUGACAACCGUGUGAGGUAGGCGGGGGGGGGGCAGGGGUGGUCACCAACUUGGAUGGCUUUAAAAGAGGAUCAGACAAAUUCACGGAGGAGGAGGGGGCUAUGGAGGGCUACCAGCCACAACGGCUUCCCGCUUGGAGGCAGCAAUCGCAGGAGAGGAAAGGGGUCUUGUGUUCAGAUCCUGCUAGCUGGUUUCGCACAGGUCAACCGUUGUGAGAACAGGAUUCUGGGCUAGAUCUGGUCUGAUCCGGAAGGCUGCUCUGCCCUCCUCCUGGGGAUUUCUGGCUCUUUGGACUCUCUGGACUAUCCUCUUUGAUGUACAGAGCGGCCGCCCCUCAGAUCUGCCGUUCCUCAUUCUUGCCGUGGACUUUGCGCCCAGAGAGAUAAACAUGUCCCACAGGGGCUUAACCCAAUUCGAAUCCCGCUGCUUCUUAGUAUGUCAAUCAGAUUGUCAUGACUCAGAAUGUUCUUCCUGAUGUUUAUAGAAGCCCUAUACGGCCUAGGACCCUCGUACCUAUGGGACCCCUUCUCCUGGUAUGUCCCACGGAGGACCUUACGGUCUUCAAACAAAAACAUCUUGGAGGUCCCAGGCCACAGGGGGUUAGGCUGGCCUCAACUAGAGCCAGGGCUUUUCGGCUGGUGGAACGCUCUGUCCCAAGAGACUAGGGCCCUGCGGGACUUGACAUCUUUCCACAGGGCCUGCAAGACGGAGCUGUUCCACCAGGCCUUUGGCCAAGGCACAGUCUGACCCCCUCCUUCUGUAAUCCUCAUAGAACACUAGCUCAAUGGUUGCCACUAAUUUGAUUCUGAAUUGAUUUUAGAAUGCUGUUACAUUGUUGUUAGCCUCUCUGAGCCUGGCUUUGGCUGGGAUAUAAAUAAAAUUAUUAUUAUUAUUAUUAUUAUUAUUAUCAGGAAGAACAUUCUUUUCUUUUUUUCCUCUUUACAUUUUAUUUAUUCCAGAUUUUAAAAAUAAAAAGCAGCUUAAAAACCAUCCAUACUAAUUGGAUUUCAUAACAAUCAUUUUAAGUAAUAGAAAAUAAUAUGAAAAUAUUUACUGUAAAUGUAAAGGCUGCUUUUAAAGUCAGAAUACAAAACUACCGUAUUUUUUGCACCAUAACACUCACUUUUUUCCUCCUAGAAAGUAAGGGGAAAUGUCUGUGCGUGUUAUGGAGGAAAUGCCUACGGGUGGCAUGCCUACGGAUUUUCCUCCUCUAAAAACUAUGUGCGUGUUAUGGUCGGGUGCGUGUUAUAGAGCGAAAAAUACGGUACUUAUCAGGAAGAACAUUCUGAGCGGAACAGGCUCCCUGAGAAGGUGGCCGACUCUCCUUCCUCAGAGGUUUUUCAGCAGAGGCCAGAUCUACCAGUGCUUAUUCAGUUGAGAUCCCUGCAUCACAGGGGGCGGACUAGAUGGCCCCUGGGGUUCCCUUCGACUCUACAAUUCUGUGAGUGCCUUGCCUGGAUGAUCAAUGUUAUUUCUCCUUUUUCCAGUUCACGAUGCCUUGUUUUUUUGGAGAAAUGUGCAAGGACGACCGGACAUACGAAGUGAUCUUCUCCGGAAUGCACAUCCACCCAAAAGGGGCGACGAGACUCUUUCCUAGGGAGCGAUAAAGAGGGCAGCCCUUCAAGGAGGAGUGAGCAAUUAGAGCUUGCGAAUGCCGGUAGGGGAGGAAAAAGCACAACAUUUCUAUUUAGGGCUGCAUGCUUCAAUCUAUCGGUUAAUUAGUCUAAUUAAUCAACCGAACUUUGGUUGCAGAUUAAAGCUCUCCGCCCCCUCUCCUGUGUGUGCAUGGGGGGUAAGCAGAAUUGGGGGUGCCCCGUGAUGCAGUGGGGGGGGAGAAAGAUGCAGGGGGGGCUCAUGGGGGCCAGGGAGACAGAGGGGGGUGUAUUCUCUCCCUCUCUGCUCUUGGCUCCUUGCCACCUCCUGCUUUCUGGAGAGAUUUAGAGCAGGUCAGGCAGGGGGCAGGGAGGGGGGUUAGUCCCGGUCCCUGUUCCCAUGGAAACGCAGCGGAUCAGGAUCAGGUGGGGGGGCGGAGUGUCCUGUCCCCCCAGGAAGUUCCCCUAGGGGCGUCUCUUCCCCAUCCCUCCCCCUGCAAUUGCGCACUUCCUGCAGUUCCAGAGAACCACCCGGAUGAUCUUUGAGCUGAGCCCUUUCCCAAUCCUCUUCUCACCUCGGGAGUUUCCUUCGCUAGCUCUCUUGCUGGUUCUAGGAAUGGAUUUCUUGUUUGUUUCCUUUCGGAAUUGUGUUCCUCAUAAAACAGCCUGAAGCAUCUCUCUCUGUCUCUCUCUCAUCUAUCUAUAUCUAUCUAUGUGUCUGUCUGUCUGUCUGUCUAUCUAGCUAUCUAUCAUCUAUCUGUCUAUCUAUCUAUCUAUCUAUCUAUCUAUCUAUCUAUCUAUAUCAUGUAUAUCUCUAUCAUCUAUCUAUAUCUAUCACUAUCAUCUAUCUAUCUAUCUAUCUAUCUAUCUAUCUAUCUAUCUAUCAUCUAUCUAUCUAUCUAUCUAUCUAUCUAUCUAUCUAUCACUAUCAUCUAUCUUUCUAUCUAUCACUGUCAUCUAUAACCUAUUUAUCUAUUUAUAUAUCUAUCGCUAUCACUAUCUAUCUAUCUAUCUAUCUAUCUAUCUGGUCAAAUACAGACAGGAUCAUAUAUUAUUGCAUUGCAUUUAUAUCCAUGAUCCCGCAACCUCCUCAUUUAAUCUCCACAACCCCCCUGUGUGGCAGGCCAGGCUGAGAGGAAGGGACUGGCUUCGUGCUUGAGUGGGCAUUUGAACCCUGGUCUCUCCCAGGUCCUAGACUGGCAUUUGGAGACAUCAGAUGAAGCUGAAGGUUGGAAGAUGCAGGACAGAUCAAAUGAAGGACCUGGUUAAACCGUGGAACUCCCUGCCACAGUAGGCAGUGAUGGCCACCAACUUGGAUGGCUUUAAAAGAGGUUUAGACCAGUUCAUGGAGGAGGAGAGGACCAUGGAUGACUUUGAGCCAGGAUCCGAGCUCUGCUUCCACCAUCAGAGGCAGCAGGAGACCCCUGGAGGGAGAGGUAUCUUGAGUUCGAAUCCUGACUGCAGGUUUCCCACAGGCAACCAUUGAGCGCCUAUGAGAAGGGGAAGCUGGACUAGGUGGGCCAAGGGCCUGAUCCAGCACAGGCUCUCCUUAGGCUCUUCUAUUCUUACAGAUAAUUACAAUAAAAACAUGGAGGCCGGUCCAAGAUGUUGCCCCCAGUGGCGGGCGACGAUGGUAUAAUCCUUGUCCAAAAAUCUUCUCAUGUGCUCCUUUGACAUUUUCCUUUUUUAAAUAAAAAAAUCUUUUUUAUUCAGUUUUACACUGCACAUUUAAAUUCAAACAUUAGACAUCAUCAUCAGCAUUUAGGAUUCCCUGGUUUCCAUUUUCAAUCUUUUUCAACUGCCUCACAUAUUUUCUCUAUUUUUCUUAAAUAAUCCAUUUUUACCUUCGUUUUUAGUACAUUACAAGUGUCAAAGCUGCCUCAGGUCUCAGCUCACAAAAGACCAACGCCUAUGUCUUCUUAUAUACAAAGGUGUUUAUUGCAGUUCAUGGUUUGCUUGACAUCCUAGGCGCGCAGCCUCACGUCUCUUACGCUAGACCGCUGAAGUCCCCUCUGAGUCAGUCCCUCCCCUGCACCAAUUUAAGAGACUUGCGCUGCUCCACCUCUUUCUCUCCUUCCUUUUCCGCAGGGUCCUUCUGCCCGCUGGGGUUGCGCCCCUUCUGGAUUCCUCUGACGCGGAAUCCUCAGACUGCUCUUGCCCCCUCCUGCGGGCUUUGGGACCUGGCCCUUCCUCCGGGCUCCCUGUACUUCCGCGCGCCUCUACAUUUGAACUUGGCGCGCGCGCCCAGCCUCUAACCUUCCUUUCAACAGCUACACUACUCCCUUCACUGCUCCCCUCCCCUUCCGGGAGGGCGGCUUGCUCUGACCCCCCUCCUUUCUCUGCUCCCGGAGCUGCUUCCUCUGACACACUGGAAACUCCACCCCCUUCGCUGCACUCUGGUGGGGAGGCUGGUCCUGACGCCCAGCUGCCACUUUGGGAUCCUCCGCUGGCCCCCUGCUCCUGACACGUCCCCCCUGGGGCUCCCUGGCCUUGACCACCGGCGCCCCCUUCUGGGAAUCCUCUGAUUCGCUGGAAAGACUCAUGGAAUCUCUUGAGUCAUUGUCAUUCUCUUCCUCGCUGGCUUGGAAUUCCUCCCCAUCGCUCUCCAUCUCCUGCCUACCCUGUGCCUCUCUCCCUGAACCCCUGACAACAAGCAUCACUCAAAUCCUGCCAAAGUUCCUCUCUUCCUGGUUUCUUAUUUUCCUGGUCAUUUUUGCCAUUUUGGCAUAGUCCAUCAUGUUCGUGAUUGUUUCUGGUCGGGACUUCUUUCCAUCUCUGCGCCAGUAGUAUCCGCGCUGCUGUCGUCGCAUACAUAAAUAAGAGCAAUAAUUAAACAUACUUUUACAUCUUAUUCAAAUUUUUUACUUCCAUCAAUCCUGUCUGAAAAUUUUCCAGUCUAAUCUCUCAGUAUGCAUUUCUUAUCUUCCCGGUUACAUUUCAAACUCAUAACCAAUAUCUAUCUUUUUCUACUUUGUAACACUUUGUAUAUUCCUCCUUACAAAACUUCUUGUAGUCCUACUAGCGUAAUUUGUUGGUUACAGUUGCUCUUCAAAUAAUUCAUAUACUUCUUCCAAUCUUCUGUGAAUCUCUGGUCCUGCAGGUUUCGAAUCCUUCCUGUCAUUUUGUCCAAUUCUGCAUAGUCCAUUAAUUUUGUCUGCCAUUCUUCUUUCGUCAGAAUUUCUUCUUGUUUCCAUUUCUGGGCUAACAAUACUCUUGCCACAGUUGUUGCAUAUAAAAACAAUUUAACAUCUUGCCUAUUCAUGUCCUGACCUAUAAUACCAAGUAAAAAUGCUUCUGCUUUUUUAAAAAAUGUGUAUUUCAACAUCUUUUUCAUCUCAUUAUAUAUCAUUUCCCAGAAGUUCUUUACUUUUUUACAUUCCCACCACAUAUGAUAAAAUGUUCCUUCUGGUCCUUUGACAUUUUCCAGGGCUGCCUGGCCUCCUGGGCAAAGUGCAGGCGGCAGACCUUGCAGGAGCGGCGCCUGCGAUGCCUCCCAUGGAAACUGAGGCCCCUCCUCCCGUCACCCCCGAAGGCGCCGUGGCGGAGGACCCACCUGCGGGCAGCCCAGAAGCGAGCCAUGCCUCUCUGCUGCCUGGCACGGCCGUGACGCCCGUCUCGCGCACCGUCUGCCUAUACCGGCCUGCGGGCACCUUUGCCGACUCGCAGCCCCUCGUCCUGCUGCUGCCCUGGUUUGGUGCCCGGCCCGGUGCCCUGGCCAAGUACCUCUCCCUCUACCUGGGCCGCGGCUGGGGUGUGCUGGUGGCCGAGAGCAGCCUGGGCCACUUCCUGUGGCCGCGGUGGGGCCUGGCGUACGCAGAGCAGCUCCUGGGGCUCCUGGGGGAGGGCAAGGCCCUGGGCACCCAGCCCCUCCUCAUCCACGCCUUCUCCAUCGGAGGGUACACCUUUGCCCAGAUGAUGGUGCACCUCGCCAGACACCCCGAGCGGCAUGCCGGCAUCGGAGAGCGCAUUCGCGGCUGCGUCUACGACAGCCUGGUCGCAGGGAGCCUGGAGAAUAUGGCUCAGGGUGAGCAGUGGGCCUCCUGGGGUGGGGAGGAAGGGGCUGGCGGGACCAGUUGGCUCACCACGGGCCAUGCCCAAAGCGGCUCACAGCCGGCAUUCAAAACAUCAAAGCGCAGAAUUCAGAAUGCAGUGGCACCUUGGUCCUCAAACUUAAUCUGUUCCAGAAGUCCGUUCUCCACCCCCAUCAUUCUACAUGGACGCUGAGGUCCAGCGCCGAGGCCUUCUGGCGGUUCCCUCCCUGCGAGAAGUGAGGUUACAGGGAACCAGGCAGAGGGCCUUCUUGGUGGUGGCACCUGCCCAGUGGAACGCCCUCCCGUCAGAUGUCAAGGAGAUAAACAACUACCGUAUUUUUCACUGUAUAGGACGCACUUUCCCCCCUCCAAAAAUGAAGGGGUAAUGUGUGUGCGUCCUAUGGAGCGAAUGCAGGCUUUCGCUGAAGCCUGGCGAGCAAGAGGGGUUGGUGCGCACUGACCCCUCUCGCUCUCCAGGCUUCAGGAAGCUAUCAGCAAGCCUUCGGAGCGUGGCGGGAGUGCCCGCUGCGCUCCAAAGGCUUGCGGAUAGCAGCCUGCAUCCCGAAGCCUGGGGAGCGCUGCGCAGCGUGUCCCGGGCUUCGGACAGAUAUCCACAAGCCUUGGGAGCUCGGUGGGAGUUCCUGCCGGGCUCCCAAGGCUUGCAGAUAGCAGCCUCCAAACCCUACCUGGUUUGGAGGCUGGCGGUGGGGAAAGCAGCGCUUCUCCCCACCGCCAGCCCCACAAGCUCGGGGGACAGCGGGGAGGCGGAGCACCGCCUUCCCGCUGUUCCCCGACCUGGUCUUUGGGGCUGGCGGUGGGGGAAAGCAGCGCUCCCCCCCCGCGAGCCCCAAAGAGCAGGUCGAAAGGAACCCAAAGCCUCCAGAGCCCAGCGGGGGCUUCGGGUGAACGCACCUUGAACGCACAGAACGCACCUUGUUUUAGAGGGGGAGAACAAGAAAAAAAUCCCCCCCCCUGUUUCCCCCCCUAUGGUCCGGUGCGUCCAAUAGAGCGAAAAAUACAGUAUUUCACUUUUAAAAGACACCUGAAGGCGGCCCUGUUUAGGGAAGUUUUUAAUGUCUGACGCUGUAUUGUUUUUGAUAUUUGGUUGGAAGCCGCCUGACAAGGGACGCGGGUGGCGCUUUGGGUUAAACCACAGAGGCUAGGGCUUGCUGAUCAGAAGGUCGGCAGUUCGAAUCCCCGCCACGGGGUGAGCUCCUGUUGCUCGGUCCCUGUUCCUGCCAACCUAGCAGUUCGAAAGCACGUCCAAGUGCAAGUAGAUAAAUAGGUACCGCUCUGGCGGGAAGGUAAACAGCGUUUCCGUGCGCUGCUCUGGUUUCGCCAGAAGCGGCUUAGUCAUGCUGGCCACAUGACCUGGAAGUUGUACACUGGCUCCCUCGGCCAAUAAAGCGAGAUGAGCGCCACAACCCCAGAGUCAGCCGCGACUGGACCUAAUGCUCAGGGGUCCCUUUACCUUUACCUGGAAGCCGCCCAGAGUGGCUGGGGAGACCCAGUCCGAUGGGCUGGGUAUAAAUAAUAAAUUAUUAUUAUUAUUCCUUCCUGCAUCUCUGUCUCCUGCCCCCCCCAACACCUGGGAUGCUUGAGCUGCCUUCUUUCUCCCCCCCCCCAGGCGUGGCCAGGAUGACCAGCUCCUCUGCGGCCGUCCGGCCUCUCCUCCGCGGAGGCGCCCUGCUGUACUUCCGCCUCUUCCGCCCGUGCACCGUGGCACACUACGAGGCCGCCCUGGACGCCUUCCACCGCCCGCCCCUCCGCUGCCCCGUGCUGGUCUUCUUCUGCCACAAUGACCCGCUGAGCGACGCCCGCACCAUGCAGCAGCUGCUGGGCACCUGGCGGGCACUGGGCCUUCGCGUCCAGGUGCAGGAGUGGGCAGUCUCUCGCCACGCCCAACACCUGCGCCUCUACCCCCAGGAAUACGCCCGGGCGCUGGGCGCUUUCCUGCAGCAGCUGGGCCUCCUGCCCGCCUCCGGACUCCAGGCGAAACUUUAGCGAGCGAGAGGGAACCAGAAAUGCACGCUUGGCGGACGAGGAAGACAUCGCCGCUGCCAUCCCUGCGGCGGGCAUGGAGGUGAAAGGCCCGUUUGCCAGAGCCGCUCCAGGAGGCUGCAGCCGGAUGGGUGGCUGGACUUGGGGGUCCCAAUGGAGCAACCCUCCCCCCCAAAAAAAACUCACUUUGAGUGCUGCAGCCUGUUGCAACGGAAGUGCCCAGGAAAUAGGUGCCAUGGAAGGGUGGCAUGGAGCUGAAUUGCCACCAGCAGAAGGAGGGCAGGCAGCAAGGCUGUGAAGCCAGGAUUGCAAUGGGGGGAAGUGGGCAACGCGAAGUCUCCCCCUCCCAAAAAAUUAAUCUGCCCUGCAUCUUGAGUCAUUGAGAGGGGCAAGCAGAGGGCACAUCGCACACACCGGUUAGACGGAGGGACCCCCACCCCGGAUGGCUUCUGAAAAGGGGGCUUGGACCGAUCCACGGAGGAGAAGGAUCUGCGGAACUCACUGCUGCAGGAAGGACGGCUGCCAACCGGGAUGGCUUCUGAAUGCUGGAAAUUAUGGGAAGGGGGUGUUGCUCUUGUGCUCGGAUCCGAUGGUGGGCUCUGCCCCCCCCAGCUGACCACUGUGUGGACAGGAGGCAGGGCUGCCCAGAGGCCCCUUGGGCCGGAUCCAGCGAGGUUUUCCUUGCGUUCCUCACCCCAGACCAUUAAACGACGCUCCGUAGC